GGCGUCCACUUCGUGCGCUCCGCCGCCGGGACAGGACCGGACCCUGCGUGCCAGGGAGCAGCCACCGCCGCCAGGAAUCCGGGAGCGGGCUCGGGGCUGGGCAGUACCGGGACCCUGCCGGGCAUGGCUGUACCGGGAAGCUGAGAGCCACUGACCCGCAGGCUGGGAAGUUGAUACCGAAGGUCAGCAAGUGAAGAGAGGAAUUCCUGGGGCGGUUCCAGCCAGGACCAAAGUCCCAACAAGUUCUAGUUUUGUUUCAUUUAGAUGGAGAAGGAAGAGGAGGAAACACGGGAGAUCCUGCUCCCCAACUGGAAAGGAAGCGGCUCUCACGGAAUCACCAUUGACCAGACGGAAGAUGGGGUCUUCGUGAAGCAGGUGGUGCAGACUUCCCCUGCUGCCAGAACUGUGAAGGAAGGGGAUCAGAUUGUGAGCGCCACCAUCUAUUUCGACAACCUGCAGUCCGGAGAGGUCACACAGCUGCUGAACAGCAUGGGCCACCACACGGUGGGGCUGCGGCUGCAGCGAAAGGGGGACAAGUCUCCAUUGCCGGGACAGUCAUGGUCACACGAUGUGUUCUCACCCAGGAGCCCAGAAGUUGUUCUGAGUGGGGAUGAUGAAGAGUACAGGAGAAUAUACACAACGAAAAUUAAACCACGUCUGAAGUCGGAAGAUGCAGCAGAAGCUGAACACACAGAAAGCAGAACCAUUACCGUCACCAAAAAGGUCACAGCUUAUACCGUAGAUGUCACUGGACACGAGGGAGCAAGAGAGAUUGACAUCAGCAGCCCAGAAUUUAAAGUUAAGAUUCCAAGCCAUCAAGUCACCCAUAUAACAACAUCAGAAAUUGAAAAAGGACCUGGAAAAACCGUGAUCAAAAUACCACAGGUGGAUUUGUCUGGGAAAACAGACUCCAGUAUGGGGAUCAGAGGUAGACCUAGUGGCAUCUCAUAUUCUGGACCAACUGUCGAAUCAUCCACCAAAAGGUUGGACUUUGGUGCCCCUGACGUGCACAUGAGAGAGCCCAAGAUGGGCACUGAGAUAAAUGUCUCAGGACCUCAAGUCACAGGCGUUCACUCGAGAACCCAAACAGACUUUAAGCCAGCAGAAAUUCAAGUUCCAGGUGUGGACGUUGUCAAAUCGGUUAAUUCUUCAGGCACUAGAGUCACAAGCCCAGAGGGCAGCUUGCCCAGAAUCGAUGCAAAUGGACAGAGGGGAAACCUGGAUGCAAAUAUUCACAUUACUGGCCCUAAACUAAAUGGAAAAAUGGGUGUUUCAGGCAUCGAGGUUAAAACUGAAGUUCCUGGAGGCAAACUGCCGCAAUUUGAUAUUUCAGGCUCCAAGAUAAGAAGUGAUACAGAAGGUCCCAAAGUUGAUGUAUCAUUUUCAAAAAUCAAGGCUCCUUCAGUUGAUAUUUCUGGCCCUAAGAUUCAAGGUGAUAUCAAAGCUCCAAGGGUGGACAUUCCUCUUUCGAGCAUCGAAUGUGAUAUGCAGGACAUUAAAGCUCCAGAAAUUAACAUUGAAAGCCCAGGAAAAAUAAAAAUGCCUGUAAUGAAGAUGCCUAAAUUUGGCUUCUCACCUUCAGCUUCUGAUACUAAUGUUCGAGCACCACAGGCAGGUGUAGACAUUUCUGUGCCAAAGAUACAGGCUCCUCACCUGGAUAUCACAACUCCAUCUGUUCAUAUGGAAGAUCCAAAGGAAAAACUGAAAUGUACAGUGCCUUCAGGGGAAGGUGCUAACAUUGCAAAGCCACAUGUGGGUGUGGCUCUCAAAGGACCUCAGUUGAAGGGAGUGGUGGAAGUGUCCUCUCCAACACUAGAAGGUCCCAGAGUUGGUGUCAAGGGUCCCAAGAUUGAUCUUGCGGCUCCUGAUGUUGAUAUUCAAAGUGGUGAAGGAAAAAUAAAAUUGCCCUCAAUGAAAUUUCCUAAAUUUACUGCAUCAGGCUUCAAAGGGGAAGGCCCUGGUGUGGGUGUGACGCUUCCUAAGGGGGAGAUUACUAUUGCAGGCCCCAAGGUAGACAUCAGCACACCAGAUAUAGACACUAGAGGAGAAUGGAAAGUCCCCAAAUUUAGGAAGCCUGAAUUAAUAAGUCAGACACCAAAAAUUUCUAUGUCAGAUGUGGACCUGAGUCUGAAAAGCCCUAGCCUGAAGGGAGAUGUGGGUAUUUCAGGGCCAAGGAUCGAAGGGGAUCUGAAAGGACCCAUUGUGGACAUUAAAGGCCCCAAACUAGACAUUGAAGCUCCUGGCAUUGACCUUGAAAGUCCUGAAGGUCAGUUGAAAGGGCCCAAGUUCUCAAUGCCUUCUUGGAAAAUGUCACCAUCAAAAGUAUCCAUGCCAGAUGUGGAUGUGAAUCUGAAAGGGCCUAAAGUGAAGGGAGACAUGGAUAUUUCCGUCCCACAAAUAGGAGGUGACUUGAAGGGACCUCAGAUUGACAUAAAAGGCCCCAAACUAGAUAUAGAUGCUCCUGACAUUGACAUCAAAGGGCCAGAAGGACACCUGAAAGGUCCCAAAUUUAAGAUGCCUGAAAUGCACAUCAAGACCCCUAAAAUCUCCAUGCCAGACAUCGACUUGAAUCUGAAGGGUCCUAAGCUGAAAGGAGAUGUGGAUGUUUCAGUGCCAAAACUGGAAGGGGAGUUGAAAGCUCCUGGAAUUGACAUUAAAGGUCCUAAAGUGGACAUUGAUGCACCAGAUGUAGAUAUUCAUGGCCCAGAUGGUAAACUCAAAAUGCCUAAACCAAAAAUGCCAAAAUUCAGCAUGCCUGGGCUGAAAGGGGAGGGACCAGAUGUGGAUGUAACACUUCCAAAGGGGGAGCUGGAUAUUUCCGGUCCGAAGGUACAAAUUGAUGCUCCAGGUAUGGACAUCAAAGGGCCAGAAGGACACCUGAAAGGUCCCAAAUUUAAGAUGCCAGAAAUGCACAUCAAGACACCAAAAAUCUCCAUGCCAGACAUCGACUUGAAUCUGAAGGGUCCUAAGCUGAAAGGAGAUGUGGAUGUUUCAGUGCCAAAGCUGGAAGGGGAGUUGAAAGCUCCUGGAAUUGACAUUAAAGGUCCUAAAGUGGACAUUGAUGCACCAGAUGUGGAUAUUCACGGCCCAGAUGGUAAACUGAAAAUGCCUAAACUGAAAAUGCCAAAAUUCAGCGUGCCUGGGCUGAAAGGGGAGGGACCAGACGUGGAUGUAACACUUCCAAAGGGGGAGCUGGAUAUUUCCGGUCCGAAGGUACAAAUUGAAGCUCCAGGUUUGGACAUUGAAGGACCCAAGGGAGAACUAAAAGGUCCCAAAUUUAAGAUGCCUGAAAUGCACAUCAAGACACCAAAAAUCUCCAUGCCAGAUGUGGACAUGAAUCUAAAAGCCCCCAAGCUGAAGGGAGAUGUUGGUAUUUCAGGGCCAAGGAUCGAAGGGGAUCUGAAAGGACCCGCUGUGGACAUUAAAGGCCCCAAACUAGACAUUGAAGCUCCUGGCAUUGACCUUGAAAGUCCUGAAGGUCAGUUGAAAGGGCCCAAGUUCUCAAUGCCUUCUUGGAAAAUGUCACCAUCAAAAGUAUCCAUGCCAGAUGUGGACGUGAAUCUGAAAGGGCCUAAAGUGAAGGGAGACAUGGAUGUUUCCAUCCCACAAAUAGGAGGUGACUUGAAGGGACCUCAGAUUGACAUAAAAGGCCCCAAGCUAGAUAUAGAUGCUCCUGACAUUGACAUCAAAGGGCCAGAAGGACACCUGAAAGGUCCCAAAUUUAAGAUGCCUGAAAUGCACAUCAAGACACCAAAAAUCUCCAUGCCAGACAUCGACCUGAAUCUGAAGGGUCCUAAGCUGAAAGGAGAUGUGGAUGUUUCAGUGCCAAAGCUGGAAGGGGAGUUGAAAGCUCCUGGAAUUGACAUUAAAGGUCCUAAAGUGGACAUUGAUGCACCAGAUGUAGAUAUUCACGGCCCGGAUGGUAAACUGAAAAUGCCUAAAUUAAAAAUGCCAAAAUUCAGCGUGCCUGGGCUGAAAGGAGAGGGACCAGACGUGGAUGUAACACUUCCAAAGGGGGAGCUGGAUAUUUCUGGUCCGAAGGUACAAAUUGAUGCUCCAGGUUUGGACGUCGAAGGACCCAAGGGAGAACUAAAAGGUCCCAAAUUUAAGAUGCCUGAAAUGCACAUCAAGACACCAAAAAUCUCCAUGCCAGACAUUGACUUGAAUCUGAAGGGUCCUAAGCUGAAAGGAGAUGUGGAUGUUUCAGUGCCAAAGCUGGAAGGGGAGUUGAAAGCUCCUGGAAUUGACAUUAAAGGUCCUAAAGUGGACAUUGAUGCGCCAGAUGUGGAUAUUCAUGGCCCAGAAGGUAAAUUCAAAAUGCCCAAAUUCAAAAUGCCCAAGUUUGGAAUGCCUGGAUUCAAAGGGGAGGGACCAGACGUGGAUGUAAGCCUUCCGAAAGGGGAGAUUGAUCUCUCAGGUCCAAAAGUAGGCUUUGAUGCUCCUGAUUUGGAUUUUGAAGGGCCAGAAGGAAAACUGAAAAAUCCCAAAUUUAAGAUGCCUGAAAUGCACAUCAAGGCACCCAAAAUCUCUAUGCCAGAUGUUGAUUUACACUUGAAAGGUCCUAAACUGAAAGGAGAUGUGGAUGUUGCUGUUCCGAAGAUACAAGGUGAUUUGAAAGGUCCUGAAUUUGAUAUUAAAGGCCCCAAAGUUGACAUUGAUGCACCAGUAGUGGAUAUUCAUGGCCCAGACGGUAAACUCAAAAUGCCUAAACUGAAAAUGCCUAAAUUUGGUGUACCUGGGCUGAAAGGGGAGGGACCAGAUGUGGAUAUAGCACUUCCAAAGGGAGAGGUGGAUAUUUCUGGUCCCAAGAUAGAUAUUGAUGCUCCAGGUUUGAAUAUUGAAGGGCCUGAAGGACACCUGAAAGGUCCCAAAUUUAAGAUGCCUGAAAUGCACAUCAAGACCCCUAAAAUCUCCAUGCCAGACAUUGACUUGAAUCUGAAGGGCCCUAAACUGAAGGGAGAUGUGGAUGUUUCUGUUCCAAAGCUGGAAGGAGAAUUGAAAGCUCCUGGAAUUGACAUUAAAGGCCCCAAAGUGGAUAUUGAUGCACCAGAUGUGGAUAUUCACGGCCCAGAUGGUAAACUGAAAAUGCCUAAACUGAAAAUGCCUAAAUUUGGUGUACCUGGGCUGAAAGGGGAGGGACCAGACAUGGAUAUAACAUUUCCAAAAGGGGAUGUGGGUAUUUCUGGUCCCAAAGUGAACAUUGAUAUCCCAAGUUUAGACAUUGAAGGGCCAGAAGGUAAAGUGAAAGGUCCAAAGUUUAAACUGCCUGAGCUAAAUAUUCAGACACCCAAAGUCUCCAUGCCAGAUGUGGACCUAGGUUUGAAGGCAUCUAAACUCAAAGGAGAUGUGGAUAUCUCUGUUCCAAAGAUAGAAGGUGAUUUGAAAGGACCCAGCAUUGACGUUAAGGGGCCUCAAAUUGAUAUUGAAGGUCCUCAAAUGGAUAUUGACGUGCCUGAUAUGGACUUGGAAUGUCCAGAAGGCAAACUGAAAGGCCCCAAAUUUAGGAUGCCUAAAAUGAAUAUCAAGGCCCCUAAAAUCUCCAUGCCAGAUGUUGAUCUGAAUCUAAAGGCACCUAAACUGAAAGGAGAGAUGGAUGUUUCUGUUCCAAAGAUUGGAGGUGAUUUUAAAGGACCCAGCAUUGACAUUAAGGGCCCCAAAGUUGACACUGAUGUUCCUGAUGUUGACCUUGAAUGUCCAGAAGCCAAAUUGAAAAUGCCAAAAAUGAAGUUUCCAAAGUUUGGCAUGCCUGGCUUCAAAGGAGAGGGUCCUGACAUGGAUGUGAAACUCCCUAAGGGACAGGUGGAUAUUUGCGGUCCCAAAGUGGAUAUUGAUGCUCCAGGUUUGGACAUUGAAGGACCAGAAGGAAAAAUAAAAGGUCCCAAAUUUAAGAUGCCUGAAAUGCACAUCAAGACCCCUAAAAUCUCCAUGCCAGACAUUGACCUAAAUUUGAAAGGUCCCAAACUAAAAGGAGACGUGGAUGUUUCUAUUCCAAAGCUAGAAGGUGAUUUGAAAGGUCCUGAUGUUGACAUCAAUGCCCCCUCAAUAGAUAUUAAUGCACCAGAUAUUGAACUGCAGGGUUCAGGUGGAAAACUGAAAAUGCCCAAAAUGAAGAUGCCUCAAUUUAAUGUGUCAGGCCCUAAACUUGAAGGACCUGAUAUAGAUGUAAAAGUGCCAAAGGGAGAGGUUGAUAUUUCAGCUCCCAAGGUAGAUAUAGAGGCUCCAGAGCUGGACCUUGAAGGCCCAGAAGGCAAAUGGAAAGGACCUAAAUUUAAAAUGCCUAAAUUGAAUAUUAAAGCACCUAAAAUCUCCAUGCCGGAUGUAGACUUGAAUCUCAAGGCACCGAAAAUGAAGGGGGAGAUGGAUGUUACUGUUCCAAAGAUAGAAGGUGAUUUGACAGGACCUGAAAUUGAUAUUAAAGGGCCAAAAUUAGACAUUGAGGCACCUGAUAUGGAUCUUGAGUGUCCUGAAGGAAAACUGAAAGGGCCGAAAUUCUCAAUGCCUUCUUGGAAAAUGUCACCAUCAAAAAUAUCCAUGCCAGAUGUGGACUUGAAAGGGCCCAAACUGAAGGGAGACUUGGAUGUUUCUGUCCCAAAGAUAGAAGGUGACUUGAAAGGACCUGAGAUUGACAUGAAAGGCCCCAAACUGGAUGUUGAUGCACCGGACAUGGGCAUUGAUGGGCCGGAAGGAAAAAUGAAAGGUCCCAAAUUUAAAAUGCCUGAAAUGCACAUCAAGGCCCCAAAAAUCUCUGUUCCUGAUGUAGACCUGAAUUUAAAAGCCCCUAAAAUAAAAGGGGAAGUUGAUAUCUCAGCUCCUAAAUUUGAAGGAAAUUUGAAAGGUCCUGAUUUUGAUAUCAAAGGCCCCAAGGUUGAUAUUGAUGCACCAGAUGCGGAUAUUCAUGGCCCAGAUGGUAAAUUCAGAAUGCCCAAAUUCAAAAUGCCCAAAUUCAGCAUGCCUGGGUUCAAAGGAGAGGGACCAGAGGUGGAUGUGAAGCUUCCAAAAGGGGAGAUGGAUAUUUCCGGUCCCAAGAUAGACAUUGAUGCUCCGCAGUUGGACGUUGAAGGUCCUGAAGGAAGGCUGAAAGGUCCUAAAUUUAAGAUGCCUGAAAUGCACAUCAAGGCGCCUAAAAUCUCCAUGCCAGACAUUGAUUUGAAUGUGAAAGGUCCUAAAUUGAAAGGGGAUGUGGAUGUUUCUGUUCCAAACCUGGAAGGUGACUUGAGGGGGCCUGAAUUUAAUCUCCAAGGCCCCAAAGUUGACAUUGAUGCACCAGAUAUGGAUAUUCACGGCCCAGAGGGUAAACUCAAAAUGCCUAAAUUCAAAAUGCCCAAAUUUGGCAUGCCAGGGUUCAAAGCGGAAGGCCCUGAUGUGGAUGUAAAACUUCCGAAGGGGGACGUGGAUAUUUCUGGGCCCACGGUAGACAUAGAUGCCCCAGAUUUGAACAUUGAAGGUCCAGAGGGAAAGCUGAAAGGUCCCAAAUUUAAGAUGCCUGAAAUGCACGUCAAGGCACCUAAAAUCUCCAUGCCAGAUUUUGAUUUGAACCUGAAAGGACCUAAAGUGAAGGGAGAUGUGGAUGUUUCUGUACCAAAGCUAGAAGGGGAUUUGAAAGGGCCCGAGUUUGAGAUCAAAGGUCCCAAAGUGGACAUUGAUGCUCCAGAUCUUGAUAUUGAAGGUCCUGAAGGAAAAUGGAAAGGCCCCAAAUUUAAGAUGCCUGACAUGCAUUUUAAAGCACCUAAAAUCUCCAUGCCAGACGUUGACUUUAAUUUGAAAGGUCCUAAAGUGAAGGGGGAUGUGGAUGUUUCUGAACCAAAGAUAGAAGGGGGUUUGAAAGGGCCUGAGGUUGAUAUCAGAGGCCCUAAACUGGAUGUUGAUGUUCCUGAGGUUGACCUGCAGGGACCAGAGGGAAGAUGGAAAGGUCCUAAAUUUAAGAUGCCUGAGAUGCACCUCAAGGCACCUAAAAUCUCCAUGCCAGACAUUGACUUGAAUUUGAAAGGCUCUAAAGUGAAGGGAGAUGUGGAUGUUUCUGUUCCAAAAAUUGAGGGUGAUUUGAAAGGUCCUGAUGUUGAUCUUAAAGGCCCCAAAGUUGACAUUGACGUACCAGACAUGGAUCUUCAUGGCCCAGAAGGUAAAUUUAAAAUGCCUAAGUUCAAAAUGCCCAAGUUUGGAAUGCCUGGGUUCAAAGGGGAGGGACCAGACGUGGAUGUAAGCCUUCCAAAAGGGGAGAUUGAUCUCUCAGGUCCAAAAGUAGACAUUGAUGCUCCUGAUUUGGAUAUAGAAGGGCCAGAAGGACACCUGAAAGGUCCCAGAUUUAAGAUGCCUGAAAUGCACAUCAAGGCACCUAAAAUCUCCAUGCCAGAUGUUGAUUUGAAUUUGAAAGGCCCUAAAGUGAAGGGGGAUGUGGAUGUGUCUGUUCCAAAUAUUGAGGGUGAUUUGAAAGGUCCUGAGUUUGAUAUAAAAGGCCCCAAAGUUGACAUUGCUGCACCAGAUGUGGAUCUUCAUGGCCCAGAAGGUAAAUUUAAAAUGCCUAAAUUCAAAAUGCCCAAAUUCAGCAUGCCUGGGUUCAAAGGAGAGGGACCAGAGGUGGAUGUGAAGCUUCCAAAAGGGGAGAUUGAUCUCCCAGGUCCAAAAGUAGACAUUGAUGCUCCUGAUUUGGAUUUUGAAGGGCCAGAAGGAAAACUGAAAGGUCCCAAAUUUAAGAUGCCUGAAAUGCACAUCAAGGCACCAAAAAUCUCCAUGCCGGACAUUGAUUUAAACUUAAAAGGUCCCAAAAUGAAAGGAGAUGUAGAUGUUUCUCUUCCAAAGCUAGAAGGUGACUUGAAGGGUCCUGAAUUUCAUCUCCAAGGCCCCAAAGUUGACACUGAUGCACCAGAUGUGGAUAUUCAUGGCCCAGAGGGCAAAUUCAAAAUGCCUAAAUUCAAAAUGCCCAAGUUUGGAAUGCCUGGGUUCAAAGGGGAGGGACCAGAUGUGGAUGUAAGCCUUCCAAAAGGGGAGAUUGAUCUCUCAGGUCCAAAAGUAGACAUUGAUGCUCCUGAUUUGGAAAUUGAAGGUCCAGAUGGGAAAUGGAAAGGUCCUAAAUUUAAGAUGCCUGAAAUGCACAUAAAGGCACCCAAAAUCUCCAUGCCAGAUGUUGAUUUACACUUGAAAAGCCCUAAAGUGAAGGGAGAUGUGGAUGUGUCAGUUCCAAAAAUUGAGGGUGAUUUGAAGGGGCCUGAGUUUGAUAUUAAAGGCCCCCAAGUUGACAUUGAUGCACCAGACAUGGAUAUUCAUGGCCCAGAAGGUAAACUCAAAAUGCCUAAAUUCAAAAUGCCUAAAUUUGGCAUGCCUGGGUUCAAAGGAGAGGGUCCUGAUGUGGAUAUAAAACUUCCUAAGGGAGAGGUGGAUAUUUCUGGGCCAAAGGUAGACAUAGGUGCCCCAGAUUUGAACAUUGAAGGUCCAGAGGGAAAGCUGAAAGGUCCCAAAUUUAAGAUGCCUGAAAUGCAUGUCAAUGUUCCUAAAAUCUCCAUGCCAGACAUUGAUUUGAAUUUGAAAGGUCCUAAAUUGAGGGGGGAUGUGGAUGUUUCUGUACCAAAACUAGAAGGGGAUUUGAAAGGGCCCGAGUUUGAUAUCAAAGGUCCCAAAGUGGACAUAGACGCCCCUGAUGUGGAGAUUGAAGGUCCAGAUGGGAAAUGGAAAGGCCCCAAAUUUAAGAUGCCUGACAUGCAUUUUAAAGCACCUAAAAUCUCCAUGCCAGACGUUGACUUUAAUUUGAAAGGUCCUAAAGUGAAGGGGGAUGUGGAUGUUUCUGUUCCAAAACUAGAAGGGGAUUUGAAAGGGCCUGAGGUUGAUAUCAGAGGCCCUAAACUGGAUGUUGAUGUUCCUGAUGUUGACAUAGAGGGACCAGAGGGAAAGCUGAAAGGUCCUAAAUUUAAAAUGCCUGAAAUGCACAUCAAGGCACCUAAAAUCUCCAUGCCAGAUUUUGAUUUGAACCUGAAAGGACCUAAAGUGAAGGGGGAUGUGGAUGUUUCCGUACCAAAGCUAGAAGGGGAUUUGAAAGGGCCUGAGUUUGAUAUCAAAGGUCCCAAAGUGGACAUUGAUGCUCCAGAUCUUGAUAUUGAAGGUCCUGAAGGAAAAUGGAAAGGCCCCAAAUUUAAGAUGCCUGAAAUGCACAUCAAGGCACCUAAAAUCUCCAUGCCAGACAUUGACUUUAAUUUGAAAGGCCCUAAAGUGAAGGGGGAUGUGGAUGUUUCUGUUCCAAAACUAGAAGGUGAUUUGAAAGGCCCUGAGAUUGAUAUUAAAGGGCCUAAAUUGGAUAUAGAUGCCCCGGAUGUGGAGAUUGAAGGCCCUGAUGGGAAAUGGAAAGGUCCUAAAUUUAAAAUGCCUGAGAUGCACAUCAAGGCACCUAAAAUCUCCAUGCCAGAUGUUGAUUUACACUUGAAAGGUCCUAAACUGAAGGGAGAUGUGGAUGUGUCUGUUCCAAAGAUUGAGGGUGAUUUGAAGGGGCCUGAGUUUGACAUCAAAGGCCCUAAAAUUGACCUUGAUGCACCAGAUGUGGAUCUUCAUGGCCCAGAGGGUAAACUCAAAAUGCCUAAAUUCAAAAUGCCCAAAUUUGGAAUGCCUGGGUUCAAAGGGGAGGGACCAGACGUGGAUGUAAGCUUUCCAAAAGGGGAGAUUGAUGCUCCUGAUUUGGAUUUUGAAGGACCAGAAGGAAAACUGAAAGGUCCCAAAUUUAAGAUGCCUGAGAUGCACAUCAAGGCACCUAAAAUCUCCAUGCCAGAUGUUGAUUUACACUUGAAAGGUCCUAAACUGAAGGGAGAUGUGGAUGUGUCUGUUCCAAAGAUUGAGGGUGAUUUGAAGGGGCCUGAGUUUGACAUCAAAGGCCCUAAAAUUGAUCUUGAUGCUCCAGAUGUGGAUCUUCAUGGCCCAGAGGGUAAACUCAAAAUGCCCAAAUUCAAAAUGCCCAAAUUUGGAAUGCCUGGGUUCAAAGGGGAGGGACCAGACGUGGAUGUAAGCCUUCCGAAAGGGGAGAUUGAUCUCUCAGGUCCAAAAGUAGACAUUGAUGCUCCUGAUUUGGAUUUUGAAGGGCCAGAAGGAAAACUGAAAGGUCCCAAAUUUAAGAUGCCUGAAAUGCAUAUCAAGGCACCUAAAAUCUCCAUGCCAGAUGUUGAUUUACACUUGAAAGGUCCUAAACUGAAGGGAGAUGUGGAUGUGUCUGUUCCAAAGAUUGAGGGUGAUUUGAAGGGGCCUGAGUUUGACAUCAAAGGCCCUAAAAUUGAUCUUGAUGCUCCAGAUGUGGAUCUUCAUGGCCCAGAGGGUAAACUCAAAAUGCCCAAAUUCAAAAUGCCCAAAUUUGGAAUGCCUGGGUUCAAAGGGGAGGGACCAGACGUGGAUGUAAGCCUUCCAAAAGGGGAGAUGGAUCUCUCAGGUCCAAAAGUAGACAUUGAUGCUCCUGAUUUGGAAAUUGAGGGGCCAGAAGGAAAAUGGAAAGGUCCUAAAUUUAAGAAGCCUGAAAUGCAUUUUAACGUUCCUAAAAUUUCCAUGCCAGAUAUUGAUUUAAAUUUGAAAGGUCCUAAACUGAAGGGAGAUGUGGAUGUUUCUCUUCCUAAAGUAGGUGGUGAUUUGAAAGGUCCCAAAGUUGAAGUCAAAGGACCAGAUAUUGAUCUUGAGGCUCCAAAACUUGAUAUAGAAGGAAAGACAAAAAAAUCAAGAUUUAAACUUCCUAAAUUUAGUUUUUCUGGCCCUAAAGUUCAAAGCCCUGAUGUGGAUGUGAAACUUAAGAAAUCUGAUAUUGAUAUUUCUGGACCAAAGGUGGAUGUGAGUGCUCCAGAUGUGGACAUUCAGGGGAAAGCAAAAGGAUCUAAAUUUAAAAUGCCUUUCCUAAGUAUUUCAUCACCUAAAGUGUCAAUGCCAGAUGUGGAGUUAAAUCUGAAAGGGCCUAAACUGAAAGGAGACCUAGAUGUUUCUGGGCCAAAGCUAGAAGGGGAUUUAAAAGGGCCUGAAGUUGACCUCAAAAGCCCCCAAAUAGACAUCAGUGCACCAGACGUUGAUAUUCAUGGCCCAGAGGGUAAACUCAAAAUGCCAAAAUUGAAAAUGCCUAAAUUUGGAACACCUGGGUUCAAAGGAGAGGGACCAGAUAUUGAUGUAAAACUUCCAAAAGGAGAGGUGGAUGUUUCAGGUCCCAAGAUAGACAUUGAUGCUCCAGAUUUGGAAAUUGAAGCUCCUGAUGGAAAAGUGAAAGGCCCCAAAUUUAAGAUGCCUGAAAUGCAUUUCAAUGUUCCUAAAAUCUCAAUGCCAGACAUUGAUUUGAAUUUGAAAGGCCCUAAAUUGAAGGGAGAUGUGGAUGUUUCUGUACCAAAACUAGAAGGGGAUUUGAAAGGCCCUGAAGUCGAUAUCAAAGGCCCUAAAGUGGAUAUAGAUGUCCCUGAUGUGGAGAUUGAAGGCCCAGAAGGCAAGUGGAAAGGUCCCAAAUUUAAGAUGCCUGAUAUGCAUUUUAAAGCACCUAAAAUCUCCAUGCCAGAUUUUGAUUUGAACCUGAAAGGACCUAAAGUGAAGGGGGAUAUGGAUGUUUCUGUUCCAAAGCUAGAAGGGGAUUUGAAAGGACCUGAGUUUGAUAUCAAAGGUCCCAAAGUAGACAUAGAUGCUCCCGAUCUUGAUAUUGAAGGUCCUGAAGGAAAAUGGAAAGGCCCCAAAUUUAAGAUGCCUGAAAUGAAUAUCAAGGCACCGAAAGUCUCAAUGCCUGACAUUGAUUUUAACCUCAAAGGCCCUAAACUGAAGGGAGACAUAGAUGUUUCUGGCCCUAAGAUGGAGGGAGAUUUGAAGGGGCCUGAAAUUGAUAUCAGAAGUCCCAAAGUGGACAUUGGUGCACCAGACGUGGAUAUUCAUGGCCCAGAGGGUAAACUCAAAAUGCCUAAAUUCAAAAUGCCCAAAUUCGGAAUGCCUGGGUUCAAAGGAGAGGGACCAGAUGUGGAUGUAAGUCUUCCAAAGGGAGAGAUUGAUAUUUCAGGACCCAAAAUAGACAUUGAUGCUCCUGAUGUGGAGAUUGAAGGACCAGAAGGAAAAUGGAAAGGUCCAAAAUUUAAGAUGCCUGAAAUGAAUAUCAAGGCCCCUAAAAUCUCCAUGCCGGACUUUGAUUUGAAUUUGAAAGCCCCUAAAUUGAAAGGAGAUGUGGAUGUUUCUGUUCCAAAAUUAGAAGGUGAUUUGAAAGGUCCUGAAGUCGAUAUCAAAGCCCCUAAACUAAACAUAGAUGCCCCUGAUGUGGAGAUUGAAGGAUCAGAUGGAAAAUGGAAAGGUCCCAAAUUUAAAAUGCCUGACAUGCAUUUUAAAGCACCUAAAAUCUCCAUGCCAGACUUUGAUUUGAACCUGAGAGGCCCUAAAGAGAAGGGGGAUGUGGAUGUUUCCAUACCAGAUUUUGAAGGUGAUAUGAGAGGCCCAGAAGUUGAUAUUAAAGGUCCCAAAUUGGACAUAGAUGCUCCAGAUCUUGACAUUGAGGGUCCAGAGGGAAAACUGAAAGGACCCAAAUUUAAGAUGCCUGAAAUGCAUUUCAAUGUUCCUAAAAUCUCCAUGCCGGACAUUGAUUUGAAUUUGAAAGGUCCUAAAUUGAAGGGGGAUGUGGAUGUUUCUGUACCAAAACUAGAAGGGGAUUUGAAAGGGCCCGAGUUUGAUAUCAAAGGUCCCAAAGUGGACACAGACGCCCCUGAUGUGGAGAUUGAAGGUCCAGAUGGGAAAUGGAAAGGCCCCAAAUUUAAGAUGCCUGACAUGCAUUUUAAAGCACCUAAAAUCUCCAUGCCAGACUUUGAUUUGAAUUUGAAGGGUCCUAAAAUCAAGGGGGAUGUGGAUGUUUCUGGCCCUAAACUGGAAGGGGAUUUGAAAGGUCCUGAUUUUGAUAUCAAAGCCCCCAAAGUUGACAUUGAUGCACCAGAUGUGGAUAUUCAUGGCCCAGAGGGUAAACUCAAAAUGCCCAAAUUCAAAAUGCCCAAGUUUGGAAUGCCUGGAUUCAAAGGGGAGGGACCAGACGUGGAUGUAAGCCUUCCGAAAGGGGAGAUUGAUCUCUCAGGUCCAAAAGUAGACAUUGAUGCUCCUGAUUUGGAUUUUGAAGGGCCAGAAGGAAAACUGAAAGGUCCCAAAUUUAAGAUGCCUGAAAUGCAUUUCAAUGUUCCUAAAAUCUCCAUGCCAGACAUUGAUUUGAAUUUGAAAGGUCCUAAACUGAAGGGGGAUGUGGAUGUUUCUGUACCAAAAUUAGAAGGUGAUUUGAAAGGGCCUGAGUUUGAUAUCAAAGGUCCCAAAGUGGACUUAGACGCCCCUGAUGUGGAGAUUGAAGGUCCAGAUGGGAAAUGGAAAGGCCCCAAAUUUAAGAUGCCUGACAUGCAUUUUAAAGCACCUAAAAUCUCCAUGCCAGACUUUGAUCUGAAUUUAAAAGGGCCCAAACUGAAGGGAGAUGUGGAUGUUUCUGUGCCAAAUAUUGAAGGUGAUUUGAGAGGCCCUGAAGUCGAUAUUAAAGCUCCCAAAUUGGACAUAGAUGCUCCUGAAGUGGAGACUGAGGGCCCAGAAGGAAAAUGGAAAGGUCCCAAAUUUAAGAUGCCUGACAUGCAUAUUAAGGCACCUAAAAUAUCAAUGCCUGAUGUGGACUUCAACCUUAAGGGUCCUAAGCUGAAAGGAGAUCUAGAUGUUUCUGGGCCUAAGUUAGAAGGUGAUUUGAAAGGUCCUGAAUUUGAUAUCAAAGGUCCCAAAGUGGACAUUGAUGCACCAGACAUCGAUAUUCAUGGCCCAGAAGGAAAAUUGAAAAUGCCCAAAAUGAAAUUUCCUAAAUUCAGCAUGCCUGGGUUCAAAGGGGAAGGCUCGGAUGUGGAUGUAAAUCUUCCAGAAGGAGGGGUUGAUAUUUCGGGUCCUAAGAUAGACAUUGAUGCCCCCAAUUUGGAUAUUGAAGGGCCUGAAGGGAAAUGGAAAGGUCCAAAAUUUAAGAUGCCUGAAAUGAAUAUCAAGGCACCUAAAAUCUCCAUGCCAGACAUUGAUUUAAACUUAAAAGGUCCUAAAAUUAAAGGAGACAUGGAUGUUUCUGUCCCUAAGAUAGAAGGUGAUUUAAAAGGUCCAGAGAUAGACAUUAAAUCCCCCAAAAUGUCUGUUGAUGUUCCUGAUCUUGACUUUGAAGGUCCAGAAGGAAAACUGAAAGGUCCUAAAUUUAAGAUGCCAGAAAUGCAUAUUAAAGCACCCAAAAUCUCCAUGCCAGAUUUUGACUUGAAUUUAAAGGGGCCUAAACUGAAGGGAGACAUGGAUGUUUCUAUUCCAAAGUUGGAAGGGAAUUUGAAAGGUCCUGAAAUUGACAUUAAAGGCCCCAAAUUGGACAUAGAUGCACCUGAUAUCAACAUUGAAGGGCCAGAAGGAAAACUGAAAACUCCCAAAUUUAAGAUGCCUGAAAUGCACAUCAAGGCCCCUAAAAUCUCCAUGCCAGAUGUAGACCUGAAUCUAAAGGCACCUAACCUGAAAGGAGACAUAGAUCUUUCUGGUCCAAAAAUAGAGGGUGAUUUGAAAGGUCCUGAAUUUGAUAUCAAAGGUCCCAAAGUGGACAUUGAUGCACCAGACAUUGAUAUUCAUGGCCCUGAAGGAAAACUGAAAUUACCCAAAAUGAAGCUGCCUAAAUUCAGUACGCCUGGGUUCAAAGGGGAAGGCCCGGAUGUGGAUGUAAGUCUUCCAAAGGGAGAGGUUGAUAUUUCAGGUCCUAAGAUAGAUAUUGGCACUCCUGAUUUGAACAUUGAAGGUCCAGAAGGAAAACUGAAAGGGUCAAAAUUUAAGAUGCCUGAGAUGCAUUUUAAGACACCCAAAAUCUCAAUGCCAGACAUUGAUUUAAAUUUGAAAGGUCAUAAAAUGAAGGGGGACUUUGAUGUUUCUGUUCCCAAGAUUGAGAGUAAUCUUAAAGGUCCUGAAGUUGAGAUCAAAGGCCCAGAAUUUGGGAUUAGAAGUCCUGAGCUUGAUGUUGAGUGUCCAGAUGUGACCACUGAGGGCCUUGAGGGAAAUGUUAAACUUCCCAAAUUUAAGAAACCAAAAUUUGGGUUUGGAAUUAAAAGUCCUAAGGCAGAAAUCAAAUCUCCUGAAGUGGAUAUUGCUGUCCCGGAAGGUGAACUGAAUGUGGAGUCUCCUGAUAUUGGCAUUUCUGGCAAAGGAAAAAAAAGCAAAUUUAAAAUGCCUAAACUUCAUAUGAGUGGCCCUAAAAUUAAAGGAAAGAAGGGUGGAUUUGAUAUGAAUCUACCCAGUGGUGAGAUAGAUGCAAAUUUGAAAUCUCCUGAUUUAGAUCUCAAUGUAACUGGCCCAGAGGCAACAAUAAAAGGAGAUAUUAAUGUCAAAUCCCCGAAAGGAAAGAAACCAAUGUUUGGGAAAAUCUCUUUUCCAGAUGUUGAGUUUGAUAUUAAAUCACCUAAGUUCAAAGCUGAUGCUUCUGUGACAGUUCCUAAAAUGGAAGGAGAAUUUAAAGCACCCGAUUUGGAGGUUUCCACACCAGCUUUCAAAGGUGAUAUAAAGUCACCAGGUAUUGACAUUACAAGCCCCAGUAUCAGCGCAAAUCUUCCUGAUGUUAACAUUGGAGGUCCUGAUAUCAAUCUUAAGAAACCUAAGGUCAAACUUCCAAGUGGAAAUAUUGAUAUAGCUGGUCCAAAAAUGGAAGGUGAUCUGAGAAUCCCAGGUAUUGACACAAACAUUAAUGCCCCUGACAUCAAACUUAAAGGACCUACAGUGAAUCUGCCUUCGGUGGACAUUUCUGCUCCUUCAUUCUCUGCAUCUGAUCUUGAUAUUAACUUGAAAGGACCAAAAGUAAAAGGUGAUGUCAGUCUUCCCACAGCAGACCUGGAAGGUCCAGAAGGAAAACUAAAAUUUCCCAAGUUCUCACUGCCCAAGAUAGGGAAACCAGGUCUGAAUUUAGAAGGAGCUGAUGUGCAGCUGCCCUCAGCAAGCGUGGAUGUAUCAGCUCCAAGUAUUGAAGGAGGUAUGAGUGUUCCUGCAAUUGAAGGAGUAGAUGCAAAACUGAAGGGACCUAAGGUGACUAUGCCAUCAGUAAACCUUUCAAUGCCCCAAGUCUCUGGACCUGAUUUUGAUGUAAACUUGAAAGGACCAAAACUAAAAGGAGACCUGGAUGUGUCUAGUGACCUUAAAGGUCCAAAAGUGGACAUACAUGCACCAGAUGUUGAUAUGAAAAGCUUUGGAGGAAAGCUUAAAAUGCCCAAGUUUAAAUCUCCAACUUUGGAGGGACCUCAAGCAGAUCUGAACAUGAAAGGGGACAUUGGAUUUUCUGCCCCACAAACUGAGGGGGGCAUGAAAGCACCAGGUAUGGAUGUACAUCUCAGUGCCCCAGACCUUGAUAUCAAAGGGCCUACAGUGAAAAUGCCAUCGGUAGGUAUUUCUGCCCCAGAUUUUGAUGUAAAUUUGAAAGGACCAAAGUUAAAAGGAGAUCUUGAUCUUUCUGGUGGCAUUAAAUCCCCAAAAGUGGCUAUAGAUGCACCAGAUGUUAACUUGGAAGGUCCAGGAGGUGCGAUUAAACUUCCUUCACUGAAGCUUCCCCAAUUUGGCAUUUCUAGUCCUCAUGUUGAGGGGUCUAAGAUGGGUGUGAGUAUUGAAGGACCACAAAUUAAAGGAGACCUUGCUGGCUCAGGGAUUGAUGGAGAAUUGAAAGGGCCUACAUUUAAAAUGCAACCACUUCAAGUUUCAGCUCCAAAAAUCUCUGCACCCGACAUUGACUUAAACUUAAAAGGACCAAACCUAAAGGGUGAUGUUAAUAGUGCUGGUGAUGUUAAAGGCCCAAAAGUUGGAGUGGAAGCACCAGAUAUCAGCAUCAAAAGUUCAGGUGGAAAUAUUCAAAUACCAUCAGUAAAACUGCCCAAAUGUGACAUUUCAGGUUCCCAAGGCAUGAAGGUUUCUGGGGUGGGUAUUGCAGCUAAUGCUCCUGAUAUCAGUUUAACAGGUCCUGCCUUCAGUGUAUCAACACCAAAAGUUUCUGGGUCAGAUUUUGAUGUAAAUUUGAAAGAACCUAAAAUCAAAGGAGGUUUCGGCAUUUCUGGAGACAUGAAAGCUCCUGAUGUAAAUGUUGGGGUACCACACUUGGGCAUUCAGCAUUCAGGUGGUGAAUUCAAAGGGCCACAGCUUUCAUCUUCUGGUUUUGAUGUAGAAAUGAAUGUGCCAGAUGUUGCAGGGGGUCUUCAUGUUUCUGGCCCAAAGAUAGAGGGUGGUCUGAAAGGUCCCAAGGUAGGAAUCAAAGGUCCUGGUGUAGAUAUGAAUUUUCCACAAAGUAACUUAGAAAGUGCAUCAGGAAAAGUGACAUUCCCCAGGAUGAAAUUGCCUAAAUUUGUGUCUUCAGGGCAUGAGGUAACAGGAAGAGAAGUAGGGGUUGAUGUUAACUUCCCUCCGCCAGAUGCCAGUCUCCAGGCUGGUGCGGUGGAGGCUGAGUUUGAAGAGCCAGAUGUCAAACUUAAGAAAUCUAAAAUUAAGAUGCCAAAGUUUAAUUUUUCAAAACCUAAAGGCAAAGGUACCAUUGUUGGCUCACCGGAAGCCUCAGUGUCCAUUUCAGGAUCUAAAGGAGAUUUAAAAAGUUCCAAGGCAAGUCUAGGUUCUAUGGAGGGUGAACUGGGGGGAGGGGAAGCUGGUGCCACUUCACCUAAAGGGAAGUUUUCGUUAUUUAAAAGCAAAAAGCCACGUCAUCGGUCAUCUUCCUUUAGCGAUGAACAUUCCUCCCAGUCAACCCCCACUGGCACCUUGGAGUUUGAGUGCAGCUCAGGAGCAGAGAAGGAAAAGCAGGCCAAGAUGAAAUUUGGAACGUUUGGAGGGAUAGGGUCAAAAACUAAAGGCUCUUAUGAGGUAACUGGAAGUGACGAUGAAGCAGGAAAGAUGCCAGGGAGCGGGGUCUCAUUAACGUCCAAGAAAUCCCGCCUGUCUUCCUCUUCGAGUAAUGACAGCGGGACAAAGGGGGGGUUCCGAGUGCCAGUGGUAGAACUGACCGUUGCCAAAAAGAAAGAGUAAAGCGUCCGUGUAUAUAUGUCUGUGUAUGUAUAUAUAUAUAUCUCUCUUCUGUGUUUGUAUAUAAAUUUCAUAGCUUGAAAUAUUUUCAACCUCAGCAAUAAAAUGAAUGGUGCCUAGUGAAAUGUUAGAUGUCAUGUUGCCUACUCAAAAGAGAGGAGAGUUUCAAAGCAAGUGACCUUGGAGCUGUACCACAGUUCAUCUGAUGUAUUUGAAAGUUUCUUUGUGUUCAUGAUAUUUGGUUUGCGCAUUAAAUGCUGAGAGCUUAAGUUUACUAGCAAACUAUUUUGAUAUCCUUUUCAUUUUACUGGAUAUUUUCAGUGUCGGUUUAUGGAAAUAAUGUUUCCAUCUUAAUUACCUUUUGGCUUUUAUUUGCAGGGCUUACAUUUUUGUAAUGAGAAUGGAUAUAUUGAAAACACUGUAAAAUAUAUAGAUACAACUGAAAUAUGUCACUUACCCUUGUAAUGUGGGGUUUAAAAUGACACGGAGUGUUUAUCACAGAAAGCUGUGGUUUCUAUUAGCUUUGAUAGUUGUGGUGGUAAGAAAAGUACCCCAGUUUAAUUUAAGACUAGAGAAUCCAGGUUGCUUUUGAUAAAUGUCAUGAAGAAAAACAGAAUUUACCAAUAAACGACUAACCUGUUUUGGGUUGGAUUCGACUGACACCAUCUUAGUUGUCUCCGUAUAUUUGUUUCAUUAUUUGUAUUAUAAGAGAGGACUUUUCUUAGUUAUGGUGCAAAAAUCUGUGACUGCCACUUUUCUGAUAUUUGUUAUAAUUUCUGUUAACAAAUGUAUCUUGAUUUAAAAAAAAUCUUUCAGCACUUUAAUGGCAAAUGAAUUGAGAAUGUAAGAAGAUUGAUCUUGUAAAAUGCAAAUAAACUGUUUAUUAACCUUG